UAAAUAAAUCGAAUGAUACAAACACUCACACUAAAUGCAAUAAUAUGACAGCAAGCACUGCAAAUAAUUGCAAGGACAUGAUGAUACAAAAUGAACUUAAUAUGACAACAGCAACAAUAGCACGAAAUCAUCAUUAUCACCAUCAUCAUCAUCUACAAUUGCCACACCAUCAUCAGCACCAACAACAACAACACCAUCAACAACAGCAACACCUGCAAUUGCCUCAGCAGCAACAACAUUGUCAACUAGAUAAAAUGUCGGUUCAUUCGAUUAGUUCAGAGGAUAUAUCGACAACAGUUGGUGGUAAAUGUUGCAGUGCCGCAGCACGUAAUCCGGCCAUAAAAACUGGACGUCGCAUACAAUUGAUGCAGAUGAUAAUUCUACCUUUUAUACCGAUAUUGGCAUUAAUCGUACAAACGUCCGUAAUACUGCAGGAAAUUCUUGACUAUAGAGCUGAAGUGGCUGAUAUUGAAACACAGGUGGCAAUGGUGGCUGAUUUAGGCAAAGUUGUUACACGUCUACAACUAGAACGCUCGGAAGUAGCAUUUUAUAUUUUUACAAAUGGCAGCAAAGAACGUUCAAACUUGACACAACGUUUUGCAGUCACUGAUCAGGCAUUAAACAACAUGACCACCUGGAGUGAGGUUAGUGUACCCACAUCACCAGAUGACGAUGAUUACGAGGUAUUAUUAAAUCGUACCGAAUUUCAAAGUCGUUUAAAUGAGUUUAGAGAUAGAAUACGCACAGAGCCGGAGGAUAAUUCGAUUACAGAUGUCAUGAAUUGGUAUACAUCGGUUAACAAAGCUUUGCUACAGCACUUGUCCGAACAAAUUAAAGAGGCUGACAACAGUGGUGUUUGGAGAUAUUUGGUGGGCUUUAAAAAUCUAUUGAAAAGCAUUGAAUGCCAGAAUAUUGCCUCAUCAUUUGGCAUCAAGUAUUAUGGUCGUGGCUAUUUAAGUUCCGAUGGUUUUGUUUCCUUUAUACGUUAUGAGUUUUUGGCGCGUGAACUUAUUAACUCGACGCUAAAUUAUGUUCCAAGACUGACAUCGAUGUAUAAGAAUAUUACAAAGACUGCGAAAUACAAGAAAAUGAAGAGAAUGAGUGGCAUAGUUUUAAAGAAUAAACCAAAUGUGUCCGAUGAACGAAGUGCCAUCGAAUACUAUGAUUCCAUGCACAAUUACACCGACGAUUUAAGAAUUUUACAAAAGGAUUUAAGACGUAAAAUAAAGGAAUAUGUCGAUGAACAGUUAAGAGAUGCUGCCAAAAAGGAGGCUGUAGGUAUAGGAAUUUUAGUGGUGGUUUUGUGUGUAUCACCAAUUAUAAUUAUAUUAGUGAAAAAUGCAGCGGCCACCAUACAGAUGUAUGCUUUAAAUUUGGCCCAAAAAGCUAAGGAAUUGAAACGGGAAAAGCGUAAAAGUGAUUCCUUACUAUUUCAAAUGUUGCCACCCAGUGUGGCCAUGCAAUUAAAACAUACACAACAGGUACCAGCAGAACUCUAUGAAUCGGCUACAAUUUAUUUUAGUGAUAUUGUGGGUUUCACUGAAAUUGCCGCCCGUUGCACCCCUUUGGAGGUGGUUACAUUUUUAAAUUCGAUUUAUCGUGUAUUCGAUGAACGCAUUGAGUGUUAUGAUGUUUACAAAGUUGAAACUAUUGGAGAUUCUUAUAUGGUUGCUUCAGGAUUGCCGGUGAAAAAUGGCCACAAACAUAUUAGUGAAAUUGCAACAAUGGCACUUGAUUUGCUGGAUGCAUCGUCCUUUUUCAAAAUACCACGUUCCAUAGAAACACUGCAGAUACGUUGUGGCGUUCAUACCGGACCUGUGGUGGCUGGCAUUGUUGGAACAAAAAUGCCACGUUACUGUCUGUUUGGCGAUACCGUCAAUACAGCAUCACGUAUGGAAUCGACGGGUGAGGCUCACAAAAUACACAUCACCGAAGAAAUGAACCAGGCUCUAAUGAAAGUGGGUGGUUUUAAAACAGAACAUCGUGGCCUCAUAGAUGUUAAAGGCAAAGGACUCAUGAAUACCUACUGGCUGACGUGCAAAGAUGGUCCGGUUAAAGUGCGUGAAGAAAUCUCUUGGUUUGCCGAUAUGCAACCUGUUUUCCUGGAAAAUCUUAAAUUGGAACCGGCCUAUAAAAGUAGCAAACAGAAAAAAUGAAAUUCCAUCAAUCAUCAUGUUGUGUUUCCUGUAAACUCAUACUCCUACCACCUAAAUCACCACAAACCCACCAACAAAUA